AUGUCAGCACUACGGAUCCUCGUGCCUGUCAAACGGGUCAUCGACUAUGCUGUCAAGCCUCGAGUUAACAAGGCCCAAACGGCCGUCGAGACAGCUGGUGUCAAGCACUCAAUGAACCCGUUCGAUGAGCUAUCCGUUGAAGAGUCAGUGCGUAUUCGAGAGAAGAAGCGUUCGCCCGGUGGUGUCGAGGAUAUCUGUGUUAUCUCUGCUGGUCCUCCCAAGGCGCAAGACGUGCUUCGAACAGCCAUGGCCAUGGGCGCAGACCGAGGAAUCCACGUCGAGCUCAAGGAUGGAGAUGAGCUAGAGCCUCUGACAGUAGCAAAGAUCCUCCAGAAGGCCGUGGAACAGCAGAAGAGCAACCUAGUGAUUCUGGGCAAGCAGAGCAUCGAUGACGAUGCGGCACAGACCGGCCAAAUGCUUGCAGGUCUCCUGGGGUGGCCUCAGGCUACACAGGCUAGCAAGAUCGAGUUCGGUGCUGGUGAUAAAGUCACUGUGACAAAGGAGGUUGACGGUGGUGUCGAGACAGUGAGCGCCAAGUUGCCUAUGGUCAUCACGACAGACCUGCGACUCAACGAGCCCCGCUAUGCCAGCUUGCCUAAUAUCAUGAAGGCCAAGAAGAAAAAGUUGGAGAAGACAAAGCUUGAGGAUUUUGGAGUGGAUGGUGUGAAGCGCCUUAAGACACUCAAGGUCAUUGAACCCCCAGCUCGCCAGGGAGGUGGUAAGGUUGAGGAUGUUGGUGGUUUGGUUAGUAAGCUGAAGGAGCUUGGUGCAUUGUAA